UUGGCAGACGAUACCGCGGGCGAUCGGGCUCCGCGUCAGGAUCUGGGGAAGGUGCAGCGCAUGGAUUCGGGUCGGUGUCGGGAUCGGGGCCUGGGGCAGGGUAUGUGCAGCCUGGGACACCGAUUGGGGGCACGGAGGGAUCGAAUGGGGGGUAUAUGGGGGCGGAAGUGACGAAGCCUGGUCUUGCAUAUAUGUACGAGAAUCAUCCAAUGAGUCCGGUGCCUGCUUAUCAGCCGGCGGCGGGGCCAGUGUUUGCGGAGUUGCCAGGGGAUAGUGCGGUUGUGGAGAUGAGUGAUACGCAGAGGGUGAAUGAGUUGGACGGGAGUGGGAAGGGGGGUUAUCGGUGAUUCAAA